AUGCCGUCGAGUGCAGACGGAAGAGAGAGACGAGAGAGACCGCAAUUCGUCGUCACAUGCGUGAGCACCCGCAGGCGACCAUUACGGGUUGCGGUGCUACAGGAGAGACGGAAGAGUCAGGGAAAGAGACUGGAGUCGACAGAGUCACGAGACUAUCGUCGCACUAACGGAAUUCCAUCCUCUUCUUCCCAUUCACUCAGUUCUUCUUCUUCCCUAAGAUUAGGCUCAAUCCCUGCUUCCUCAGAAUGUCCCGCUGGGGUCCGAUUUACCUCCCUCAUCCUUCAAAGGCAACACAUUACAGGUGAAGUCUGGCCUUUCCUUUGCCUUUCUCCUUCCCGUAUGUUCUCUCCCAUCCUCCCACUUUCUCGACAACCGAGACGUGGGGGUCGGGCCCCUCCUUGGUGGGGUAGAGCUCGGAUGACCCUCUUUUCUUGGACUAGCAACCCAUUUCUCCCCUCCAUUCGAGUUAGUGUUGUUCCGUUCGGUGUGGUCCAUCUUUCUCCUGCGAGGACAGAUUCAGUUCAGGUGACCCGCUCCUCCUCAGCGCCAACACCUUCGCUCCUUACAACUAGCCGAAAAGUGCCCGAUCACACCUCAUCCUCUUGUCAAUUACCACUUUCCCACGAGAAGAGACCAACGACCGAACGAAAGGAAAAAUACUUAACACAGUGGUGGCGCUUCAACUGCAAAGUCAACAAAGUCAAAACAAGAUCAACAAUAUUACUGGCAGAUAUAAGUGCAAUGAGCGAACAAAGGAAACGAAAAAGUGACUUACCUGAGAUCCGACACUCCGUGUUUUGUUUCUUUUCCAUCCUUCUUUUGCUUCCCUUCUCUUUUCCUUCUUACGACCCUUAUAGACCAAUAUAG